GUAGUGGGAUUGUGUACCUCUGUGACGCUGGGGCACUUUUUGGGCCUCGACAGCCCCCUGGUGGAGAAUGGGGCUUUUUGCAGUGAGUCACAACACCGUGACGUUGGAAACACCACGCUAUAAACAACAGAGAAGAGCACUUGGUUGGUACCAGCUGCUAUCUCGGGGAUCUGAGGAAACGUGAAGCGAGUGAGGAAUGAGGAGAUGGCAGGUGAGCUGGGUCUCUUGGCUCUGUUGUGAUGGGAGUGGGUGGUCCAAAAAUAGCUUCCAGAAGAGGAGUCUAUCAUCGGAGAAAGAGAAGUUUGUCUAGAACAGUUUCCACCAUGAACAGUGGCUGAGGCAUCCUCGGGGAACGUUCAGAGAGACGCAUCUAGCAGAGUCGUGCGGACGCCGAGCUAUGGUGAAACUUCAGUGCCGAGAUGAGCAUUCCAGGACCUGCGUGGGUCCUAGCAUGAUAUUUUUGCCAUCGUCAGGCCUGCUUCAAGUUUUGCCUCCUAAGAUUGUCGCCAGCACUCGGAUGUUCUCCAAAAGAAAGCCGACCUCCUCCCUGUCUGCCUGCCCCAAUGUGAUCACGCCAGACAAGAUCCCCACAUUUUUCAUUCCCCCCAACCUGGCCACCCUUCAGGGCCGGCGCUCCCAAAGGAAUGAGUGCCCUGUAGCCAGCGAGGCUAUGGCCAGCCCUGCAGAGCAACACGUCAUCCAGGUGGAAAGCUUUGACCAAGAGGAAGGGGGGCCUGACGGGCAGCUCCGAAGCACUGUCUCCAUGCCUCAUCUCUCUAGCCCAGAGGGUUGGGACUUCUUGCCCGUGAGCCCACACACACGCCGGCGGGAGUCCCUCUUCCACAGGGAACGCCUGCCCCAUCGGUCUGGGGCCAGGUACUCUUCUCCCUCAAGGCCUCUCUCCCACCCUGGGGCAACACCGGACAGCGACACCGCCUCCUCCACUGAGACAUCUCCCUACGGUUCCCCCCUACUGUUGCGAUCCCUCGGGGAAACUCUGGCACGCCCAGUGUAUGGGCAACGACGGAGAUUCAAGUUCUGUUCCCCGAAACUCCACUCAGGGCUUCGGCCUACCUCCUUAUCGACUGAGGACGCCAGCUCCACAGACACCAGCCCCAAUAUCCCACGUCGUGAGACAGACCCCACUUGGGGGCCCCAUGCCACGCUGACCCCCAUGCCGGUCUUCUCAUUCGACUUCAUCCGUUGCCACGAGAGGCUCACCAAGGAGGUGACGCUGACCGUGAGCAAGGGAGGUCGCUUAAGGCUCUGUACAGAGUACCUGCAGCCGCAGAGGUGCCUCCGCGUCCGCCUCAUCAGCGCGGAAGGGUUCUACCAGCCCCACUGGGACCCGCGGCACGUCAGCUGCUGCAUCUCCCUACAUCUGAGGCCUGGGUCGGUGCAACGGCAGCGCAGCGCGGUCAUCAAGAAAAGCCGCAACCCCAUCUUCAACGAGGAUUUCUUCUUUGAGGGGGUCUCACCGGACGAGCUGCCCAGGCGAAACCUGAGGGUCAAGGUGGUCAACAAGGCUUCUGGCAUACGACGGGACGUGGUCCUGGGUGAAUGCGAAGUCCCUCUCGACUCUCUUUUGCCCCCUUAGCAAAUCUGGGAGAUGCGGUCGUUCGCUAACGGGAAAUCGCUACGCUGAGAGCCAGAGCGGUGUAGUAGUUAAACUGUCGGACUAGGAUUCAGGAGACCCAGGUUCGAGUCCCCACUCUGGCAUGGAAGCUCGCUGGGUGACCUUAGGCCAGUCACAGACUCGUAGAUGAAUCUACCUCACAGGGUUGUUGUGAGAAUGGAAUAGAGAAGAUGGAAAUGAUGUAUGCUCCCACUGGAGAGGAAAGCGGGAUAUAAAUAAAGCAAAUUAUUGCAGGAAGAGGCAGGACAGGGGAAGGAAGUUCUGCGCCCCCCCCCCUUGUAGAUGGGUGUUUUAAAACUAAAGACCUGCAGGCUAAGAAUCUUUCUGAAUCAAUGUGUCAAAUCAAUCUGUGAGAGUCAACCCCUCCCUUCUAGAAUUGUCGACUUCAGGAGAUUCGUGGCGGAUCUUGGGAAGGCAGGGUUUGGAAAGGGGAGAGAGCAGACUUCCCUUUAUUAUUAUUAUUAUUAUUUAUUAAAUUUAAUACACCGCCCACCCCCUAAGGGCUCUGGGCGGUGUACAACAAAACAGUGCAUAACUACAGAACAUAAUAAAUAAAACAAAAUAUACACGUGAUAUUCCCCUUCCCCCACCUUUCCAAAACACAUUUUCUCUGUUGUAUCUGAAAGCACUUUUACAGCAUUUCUUUUCACUGAAAUGUUUCCAAGUCAGCUUCCCUCUCAGUACGAUCAUACCGGAACGUUUUAUUUUUCCCGCCAAAAUCACGGGCCAACCUCUGUACCGUCCCCAAACCUCCAUUUCGGUGCAUGCUUUGCCAUUUUCCUGCCUCUCACCUCACAGCUUUGCCCCUCUCCUCUCAGAAUUUAUUAUCUCUGGCAUCCGUCCCCCCUACCCCCCCCACCCCAUUUUUUAAUAUCAAUGAAUCAUCAGUGCUAUGAAGCAUUGUUACAGUGCAGGUAUGAGGAAAAACUGGCAGUGAGGAAACAACGCUUGCAGAAGGGGAGCGCGGACAGACUUUGUCUUAAACGUUGGGAUCAAAAACGUCUUUGAACUGGCGUGAAUGGUGUGUCAGAAAAGGCCUCCUCUAACCAUUUCUCCUAGUCCUGGUUUCUGGGCUGGGAAUCUGCGAAGGACAAUUAUGGUUGUAUUUGCAAGUGGGGGUCACAACCAGUCAUGAAAGGGUUAACAUCUCUUUGUACGUACACAGGAUGCCGGGGUGAUAUUGUAAUGAGUUGACCUAUUGAUUAGCUAUCAGUCAGUCAGGAGCAGCAGUGGCGUUGGAGGUUAAGAGCUCGUGUAUCUA